AUGUUGUCUCUCACCUCAGCACUGCUCGCCCUCCAGGGCCUUGGGCUCGUGGCGGCUGCACCGUACGUCCACAACACCGUGCCCGAGCUCUCGACCCGGGAUGCUCCCCGUUACAAUGCCAGCCUUCCCAACAUCACCAUCUUUGCCACGGGUGGCACGAUCGCCGGCAGCGCCGCCGACAUCACCCAGACCACCGGCUACCAGGCCGGCGCCCUCGGCGUCGACAUCCUGAUCAAGGCGGUGCCCGAGCUCUGGAACGUCUCCAACGUCCGGGGCGUCCAGGUCGCCAACCUCGACUCGGGCAUGAUCACGCCGUCCAUCCUGGUCAACCUCAGCAGCCAGAUCCAGGCCGAGCUGGACAGCCCCUACUGCCAGGGCGUCGUCGUCACGCACGGCACCGACACGCUCGAGGAGUCGGCCUUCUUCCUCGACCUGACGGUCCGCAGCGACAAGCCCGUCGUCGUCACCGGCGCCAUGCGGCCCGCCACCGCCCUGAGCGCCGACGGGCCCAUCAACCUCCUGUCCGCCGUCACCGUCGCCGCCGCCCCGGCCGCCCGGGGCCGCGGCGCCCUCGUCGUCCUCAACGACCGCAUCGCCAGCGCCUGGUACGUGACCAAGACCAACGCCAACGCGCCCGACACCUUCAAGUCGUACGAGAUGGGCUACCUGGGCGUGCUCAUCGACAUCAAGCCCAUCUUCUACUUCCCGCCCGCCUGGCCCGUCGGCAAGAGGCAGUUCAACAUCACCGCCGCCACGGUGCUGCCCCAGGUCGACGUCCUCUACGGCUACCAGGCGCUGAACCCCGGUCUGGCCUCCGCCGCCGUGGCCUCGGGCGCCAAGGGCCUCGUCAUGGCCGGCAUGGGCGCCGGCGGCUGGACCGAGGCCGGCCGCGCCGUGCUCAAGCAGCUGGCGGCCAGCAACGGCACGCACAUCGUCGACUCGCGCCGCACGAUGGACGGCUACGUGGAGCCCGACUCCUCCAACACGUACUACUACGCCGGCGGCUUCCUCAACCCGCAGAAGACGCGCAUCCUCCUGCAGCUGGGCAUCUACGCCAACUACAACGCGACCGGCUUCAAGUCCCUGUUCGAGUUUGAUUCCUGA